CAGAGAUUAUAAAGUUAUCCUUUAACUGUUUCCAUAACUACACCACAGCGGACCCCUUCCUUACCUCUACAAGAUGUAUUUUCUUGUUUUCAAUUCCCAAUCAGAUGAAGUAAGAAAGACCUUAUUAUUUUGGACACCCAAUUCAGUAUUGCUGUAAAAACAACACACCUCUUUCCAAUAGAGUGCCUAAUUCUGUAACUUCUAUUCACAGAGCCAAUAACUAAUGUAAAUGUGAAACCCAGCCUUGCACAACCAAUAGCAAACCAGACUCUAAACCUGACCUGCGAGAUGUUUGGAUCACAGAUUGUUUCCUCAAGGCUCUGGCUGAAGGACGGUCAGCCCUUGUCCACUAGUGACAGAAUAACAUUGUCUGUGGACAACAUUGUAGUCUCCUUCGACCCAGUGCUGCAGUCUGAUAAAGGCACAUAUCAGUGUAAAGCUGAGAACCCUGUAAGUGGAGUGACGAGUGCUGGAUACAGAUUGGAGGUCAAUUAUAAAGAAGAGCCCACAGGUUCGGGGUCCUUGUCAUCUGGAGAGAUCGCUGGAAUUGUCAUGGGCACACUUGCAGGGGUCACUGCCGUUGCUCUUGGGGUGUAUUUAAGUGUUAAACUAUGCAGGAACAAUCCACAUGAUCUCAAAACUGGUCCAGCUCAAAGCAGUCCAGGUGCUGUCACUUAUGAAAAUUGCAAGGUUCCGAAUGCAUCAGCAGUGUAUGAGAACACCAGUGCUGUCCAGAGAGCUGGCGAAGCAAAAAACCCGGACAGCACAUACACAGGCUUACAGUUUCCUGAUCAGUCCACAUACAGCACCUUGAACAGAGCUUGAUUCAGGAAACAACCCAACAGCAGCACAGCCUGUGACUUGAAGAGUAUUUUUGAAAGUUUUUAUUUUCAAUAUUUUUGUUUUCUG